GAAGUAAAACAUGAGGAGCGGAAGCGCAUUCUAAUUGGUAUGUCCAACACUGGCGGGGGCCACAAAGCCAGUGCAGAGGCUAUUCAGGCGGCUUUCCAGGAGCAAUAUGGGAACAAGUACGAGAUUUUCAUUGUGGAUUUAUGGAAGGAGCACACGCCGGCGCCCUUCAACUCCAUGCCCGACACGUACUCCUUUCUGGUCAAGAACGCUUUUCUGUGGCGCUUCACGUACGAAGUGACCAAUCCCAAGCUCAUACACGUGCCGUACUUGUCCACGGUGGGCCACUUCGUGAGCCGCGGCGUACACGAAGCGCUGGACAAGUACCACCCGGACCUGGUGGUCUCCGUACACCCGCUGAUGCAGCACAUCCCCAUUCGUAUCAUGGCGGAGCGCAUCAAGUCUGGCGCGAUGCCGCCAACUAACUUUGCAACCGUCGUGACGGACUUCACCACGUGUCACAACACGUGGUUUUGUCCGGAGGCCACUCGCUGCUUCGUACCAACGGAGUACUGCAGGCAGUUGGCUCUCGAUAACGGCAUGGCAGCGGAACAGAUUGUAAUGCACGGUUUGCCCAUCCGGCCUUCCUUCAGUCGGCCGCUGCCGCCACGCCACGCCCUGCGCCGCUCUCUCGGCAUGUCCCCGAACCUGCCUGCUGUGCUGCUAGUGGGGGGUGGUGAGGGUAUGGGCGCACUGGAGGAGACGGUGGCGCAGCUGGACGCGCGACUGGGGGACAAAUGCCAGGUGGGGCAAUGUGUGGUGGUUAUUUGCGGUCGCAACAAAGGGCUCCAGGAGCGUCUUCGAGCGAGACCCCAGGGCCCCGGUCACGUGUUGCUCCAUGUGUGCGGCUUCGUGGAUAACAUCCACGACUGGAUGGGCGCCUGCGACACCAUUAUCACCAAGGCGGGUCCGGGCACCAUCGCGGAGGCGCUCAUUUCGGGGCUGCCCAUCCUAUUGAACGGCAAUGUGCCGUGCCAGGAGGAGGGCAACAUCCCUUACGUGCUUGAAAAUCGAGUGGGCGCCUUUGAGACGCGGCCCGACCGCAUUGCGGCCAUCAUCGCCACGUGGUUGUUGGAGGGCGGGGAGGAGCAACGGGCAGAGUUUGCUGCCAUGGCGAAGAGGGCCAAGGCGCUUGGCCGACCCAAGGCUGUGUACCGCAUCGUGGAUGACCUGGCGGCGCUCGCGGAUGAGCCGUGCUUCGAGUUCGGCCCGGCAGCAGCAGCAGCAGCAGCGGCCCUUGUGGGGCAGCGCAACGGCGCGGCGGCAACCACGGCCGCAGCCGCUGCAUCCUGA